AUGGGAUUGUGGGUGCUGGGGACCAAGCUCCUCUAUGCAUAUGAGUUCCUGGGUCAGCUGCAAACCUUGAUAAAGCUGGUGGUUCCAGUGGUGGCCCUGACCCUGUACCCUCCUUGUCACACCCAGCAUGAAGAUGAGUCCACUCUGUCUGUAACGGAGGCCUGCAGGAUGCGUGCCCUCCAGCUACUCAGGCUCCAGCACAUCCCACUAGGUCCUGGACCAGCUGUUUACCAGGUGACUGCCCGCCUCGUCCUCAGCACAGUGUCUGAGAGUCAGACAGUCACACUUGACAUCAUUCACAGGUCCCAUCUACCCUACAUCCCAGACGAUGCCCUCAUCCCCUUUGGGACACAUGGAGGCAGCUUGGCCCAUUGUGUGCGGGAUGCUGGAGGACAGGACCACCUCCCAAAGCAGUGGAGUCCUUCCUGUCUUUGGAAAGGCACAGAACCUGUCAAGUGUGUGAGUGAAACUUUCUCUUUAUCCUGCUCCAGAGCCAGCUCCAAAGCUGCUGCCACUUCCAGAGCCAGAGCCAGCACCAGCCCCCGGGCUAGAGCCAGCUGCACCUCCAGUCUCACCACCUGUGAUAGAGCUGAGCCAGCAUCCCCUGAGUCAGCCACUCCAGGACCAGAGCAAGGGCCACCAUUAAAGGCAGCCCCAGAGCCAGCUCCUGAACUGGAGCCCACUGGACGCUGCGCUCUACUGAGCCUUCCACUUCCAUCUGCACCAGUCACGAGCCGUCUGGAUCCAGCCCCAGAGCCCAGCUGCCCCUGGGCCGUGACCACCAAGGACCAGCUGCGGGAGGAGAGGUCGAACCUCUUGGACUUCCCUCCCCAGCUGGUGGCAGAGCAGCUGACGAGGAUGGCUGCAGAGCUGUUCAAGACGUUGGUGCCCGCCCACUGCCUCGGCUCCAUCUGGUCCCAGCGUGACAACAGGGAACGCAAGUACCUGGCACCCACCGUUCGUGACACUGUGAUGCACGACAACACCGUGGCCAAUUGCAUCCUCCUCACUUGCCUUGGGGACCGGAGCAUGACAGCGCAGGACAGGGCCAGGGUGGUUGAGCUGUGGAUAAGGGUGGCUGAGGGCCACAUUGACCUUGACUUGAGGUCCCAGUGGGGACAAGCUCACUUCCUUCCUUGUGUUGAGCUACAAAUCCUUGUGCCUGGCAGUGUUACUCGUCGGGUGACAGGUGUGCCCUCCCUGGCUUCCCUGGGCAUCUGUGACAUCCAGGACAGGAGAAGUCCGUGA